AAAUAGACAAGGACUAAUAUUUUUAAAAGACCAUAACCCAAGAGAGCGAAAUAAUUCCCGACGGCUUGAAUAGUUUGGGUCGCAACUGUUCUUCACCAGUAUUUCUGUUGAAUUCUGGGAUUGGCACCUAGUUUGGUCAGAGAUCUACCUCAAAUAAAAAUUGUCAUAGGCAGCCAUGGAAGCAGGUACAUUCGAAUCUCUAAUCCCAUCACGAUAUAUAUCAUUUUCUCUUCCAAUCAACUCUCUUUCCUGCCCAACUGACUAUUUUCACACCCAACUUCUUCAAAUUUCUGUUUUUGAUUCACCAUUAUUACCCAUUAAUCACCCAAAAAUAGCAGCCAUGUUAGUCCCAAAACACCGUGAAAAUGAUUGGAUUUUCACCACAGAAGCUGGGCAUCUCCAGCUUCUGUUGAGUACCCCUGAAAUUUCAAGGUUGAUAUUAAUUGGAAAUUUACCUAAUGGUGAUAUAAAUGUUGGAACUUUAUACAAAAGAUCAUUAGAAAAGUGUCCAAGUUAUAGGGAAAUGUUGGAAAGAAGUUUAUAUCCUUUGUUGAUGGCUUUGUUACCCAAGGAGAUUGCUCAACUGGGUAAUUGUCAAGUGCCCUUUUUGAGUUAUGAGGAUAAUGUAAUUAGUAGUGUUGUACUUGAGAGGUGUACUGGAAUUUGUGUAGGGGAAAUGCUGGUUGAAGAUGUCGAAAUCGAGGGUUCUCGGAGGGAGUUAAGGAGGCGGUUGAGGUUUAAGAGAAUGCCCAAUUUGAUACAGACAGAAAUAUGCAUUGUGCCUAUUGGUGUGGAUGAUACUAGGUUGGAUUCUUUAUGUAUUGAAGGGGUGGAAUUUAAUCCGGAUUUAAGAAAGUUGGUGCAUCCUUAUUUGGCACCAAUGGUGGCUGGUCUUUCUUUAAUUGGUGGGUAUCUUCAAGAGUGUUUGAAAUCCAUGGUUAGGCCAAGAGGGCUAUGCAUUGGUGUUGGAGGUGGGGCAUUGCUUAGUUUCCUAUCAUUGCAAUUAGGUUUUGAGGUUGUUGGUAUCGAGGCUGAUGAAGUGGUUUUGAGGAUUGCAAAGCAGUAUUUCGGGCUACAAGUCAGUAAUAGUAUUCAGCUUUGUGUUGGAGAUGGGAUUGAAAUUUUAAAGAAGGUAGCUCUCAUUGAUAGUGGCAAUGAGUCAAAUUCCUUGGUUGCUGAUAAUGUAGGAAAGGAUUUUUUCAAGAAUAAUUUUGAACUUUUUGGGUCUAAAUUUCUUUUUAUUAUGGUUGAUCUGGAUUCUAGUGAUUCUAGAAUGGGCAUCAGUGCCCCUGCAUUGGAGUUUGUACAAAAAGAUGUACUUCUAGCAGCCAAAUCUUCUCUUUCUGAGCACGGAACUCUAAUUUUGAACGUAAUUCCUCCGAAUAGGUCAUUCUACGAUAUGCUGAUACAUGAAUUGCAAGAAGUAUUUGAGGAUCUGCAUGAGAUUGAUUGUGGAAAUGAAGAAAAUUUUGUUCUUAUAGCCUCAAAAACAACUGUUUCAAUUGAUUUAGGUGUUGCUGAUAAUUCAUUUUUGAGAAAUCUGAAGUCUGUUAUAUCAGGGCGAUAUGUGGAUUGUAUCAGGAAAAUAUGAAGUUUAUGAUAUAAUAUUGUUGUGAGUUUUAACUUCUAAUACAUCUUUAAGGAGCUGUGAUUUGCCUUAACUCCAGUAGCUUUUGUCAUGCUGUAAGUGGCAGCAAUCUAUGCUCCUAUUGGUUGUUUCUUUUUAAGUAAGCAUAAUGCUAUAUUUGGUCUGCA